AUGAAACAUUUUCUCGAAGUAUAUAAUUCCUCAACACAUUCUACAACAGGACAUACACCAAAUUCAAUGACACAACAACAAGAAGAAAAGUAUAUACAAAAGAAACGAAGUCAAACACAAAAUAUCAGAAAUUCAACACAAUUUACCCUCAUUCCUGGUACAAAAGUUCGUGUAGUUCUUGACGACAAACCGUUGACAAAGAAACGUUUAAGGUUAAGUAGAAAUUAUUAUAUAGUAGACUCUACGCAAGGUAAUGGAUAUCUUAUAAAAGCUGCCGACGACUCUAUUGCGUUUUAUCCUCGUCAUAAAUUAGUCGAAAGUAGUAAUGGCAAACUUGCUGAAACCAUUGACGAAGCAAAGCGAGGAGUGGUUAUUGAAAUACUUGGCUAUAACAUAAACGAUGACACUUAUAAAGUAAGAUAUGAAGGAGGCGUUGAAGAUGUUAUACCAUCUAAGAACUUGAGAGAAUCUAAACCAACUCAUCUGGGUCCAUUAGAGCGGGAGUACUGGAAAGACAAAAAUAAGCCAGAAAGAAUAAGAAAAUUCUUCUAA